GCUAAAGUCUAAUAUCUCCGCCAAACCAUUAAUCAGAAUCGCCACAUAGCCGGUAGACUUUAUUAUCUAUGCACGGCUUAUCACUAGCAGCCCGAAAAAAUAGUCACCUAGUUUUUUGGUCACCCAACUAGUUCAUUCCCGUCGCCACACACCGACCGAUCAAAGAAGAUCUUCUGAUAAUAAAUAAUAUUGUAGCCAAGGUGGAUCCACCUUGAUUGUAGCUAUGAACAAGUUUGUCAUGACUAACGAUAAGAACGCCGAAAAUACUCGCGUAUAUUAUUUAUCUUACGCAGUACACACGCUCGCACGAAUAGAGUAUAGGUAGUGUAUUAGUGUCUAUAGUACACAGGUUCAACAGUCGUCGGUUGUCAGUUGUCACUUGUGGCUCUCCGUAUACUUCCGUCUCGCACCGCCGUCCACCGAAUCCGCCAUCGACGACACGCUGAGAAUCGCUGAUCCAGACUGUUCCUACGACCUACACCGCCACAUAGGUACCACGUACCGCCCGGAUCGCGACUAGGUGUUAGCUAUGUCAGUGAAAGAAAUGGAUACCAUUCAGGCUUCAUCUUGUGCAAAUAACCUGAAGCAAGUUCUGCAAUCAAAUAAAUGUGAACCAACUAAUUUUAGAAAUGACUCUCACUCUGUAAGAAUACUAGAAAAUUUACAAUCUCUACGCAAAAAUGAAGUUUUAUGUGAUAUUAGAUUUGAAACAAAUGACGGUACUUUAGUAUUAGGACAUAAAAAUGUUCUAAUUGCCGCUAGUCCAUAUUUCCGAGCAAUGUUCAGUAAUUUUGAUAAGAGCAAUAAAGAUCUUGUUAAUAUAAGAGAAUUAGAUUCCACCAUCUUACAACAAUUAAUAGAUUAUAUUUAUACCGGAGAGAUUAUAGUCACAAAAGAAAAUGUACAGGAGUUGUUAUCAGCAGCAAAUGUAUUACAGUUAGAUUAUGUAAAUGAAGCAUGCGCUGAGUUUUUACAAAAACAACUGAAUUCUUCAAACUGUUUUGAUUUCAAAGCAUUUGCUGACUUACAUAACUGUACGGAUUUAUUGUCGAGUUCUGAAGCAUAUAUUAAACAACAUUUUUUAGAAGUGAUUAAAAGCGAAGAUUUUCUAUCUUUAUCUUCUGAAGAUUUGGUGAAGUUUAUUUCCUCUAAUGACCUUGCUGUUCCAUUCGAAGAAAAAGUAUUUGAAUGUGUUAUCAAAUGGGUAAAGCAUGAUUUGGAUCGUAGAAAUGAUUUUUUGCCAAAUUUAAUGGAACAUGUGCGUUUGCCAUUAUUAAAGCCUGAUAUAUUAUUUAAUAUAUCUGAAGAACCUCUACUAAAAAAUAGUCCUAAAUGUAAUGAUUAUAUAAUCGAAGCAUUUUAUUUUAAUCACCAAAAAACAGUACAACAUUUUACCAUUCCAAAAACGAUUAGAUUUAAACCUAGACAGUUUGAUGGUUUUCAAAAAGUUAUUUUAAUGUUCAAUGAGUGUGACACAUUGCCAAAGUGUCAUACAGAAUGGUAUGACCCAGCAACCAAACAACGCGAGAAUGCACCAGGCAUAAAUGAUUGUCGUAAGACAGCUGGUUUUUGCGUGUUAAGUGAUCAAUUUGUAUUUGUUAUGGGUGGUGUGAAUGGAAGAAGCUCUAAAUCUGUUAGUAUGCUUGAUGUAUCUUCACAAUCGCCCUUUUGGGUUCCAAUGGUAGACAUGUUAGUUAGUAGGAGGCGAUUGGGAGUUGGUGUAUUGGAUGAUUCCAUAUAUGCAGUUGGAGGACACGACGGCAACAGUGCUUUAAAUACUGUUGAAGUAUUUAAUGCCAGGACCCAAAAAUGGCAAAUGGUGUCCAGUAUGUCUGUUAAGAGAUAUAAUUUGGGUGUUGGUGUACUGAAUAAUAGUUUAUUCGCGGUUGGAGGUUAUAAUGGUGGACAUUUGAAAUCUGUCGAAUAUUAUGAUCCCACACUUGGCACAUGGACCUCAGUUGCAGACAUGUCUAAAAAUCGUGAAGGUGCUGGUGUAGGAGUCUUGGACGGUUUAAUGUAUGCUUUUGGUGGUUAUGAUGGAAAGUAUCUUAAAAGUUGUGAGGUUUACAAACCAAGUGAUGGAGUUUGGUCUUCUAUAGCUGAUAUGCAUUUGGGCAGAUACAGGCCUGUUAAAUUACAUUUUGAUAUUGUAGGAGUAGUGGUAUUAGAUGAUUAUUUGUAUGUUAUGGGUGGAAAAUCUGAGGAAUCUAUCAAUGAUACUGUAGAAAUGUACAACCCUAUCACCAAUACUUGGACCAUGGAGAGAUUGUCAAGAAAUGGAAUAAGAAUUUAUGGUGGAGUAGUCGUUGAUAGACCACAUCAUUAUAAUUAAACAGCUUACAGAAGCACUCAUUGUUUGUAGUAUUAUGAACAUAUUUUUGUAUAAAUUUUGAUGUCACAUGUAUUGUUUUAUAUAUUUUUGUUUUUUUUUUGAAUAUUUAAUAAGAAUGUUUUUUUAUUUUUUAUACUGACAAUUUUUAAAUAAAAAAAAUAAGCUAUAAAGUUAACUGUACUGCAGUAUAUCAGUAAAAUAGUAUCUAUAAUUUACUAUUUAAAUUAGAUCUUUUAGAUUCUAUGUGGAAUGAUGCAUUUUUGAUUUUUCAAUGAUUUCUUUCUAUUUGUGCGUGUGUAGUGUGUAUAUGUUAAAU